AAAUAUCCUGAGCUAGGGAUUCCCUUACUAUUUGCCUUUCUACUAAGGCCUCUCCCCCCUCGCUCGACCUUGGGAGAAGCCAUCUAUGGACGCCUUGAGGGUUUGGAGAGUUUCAUCGCAUUUCGUUAGCUUCGCGUCCAGGGUGGCUGCUUCCUCUAGGGAGAAGGUUAGGGUUCGUGUCCGUUGUUGCUCCUCAUCCGCAGCCGUUGCCGCCUCUGCGUCAACAGACUCACCUUCUUCAACCGCUGCCCCGACGAACUCUGACCGACGCCGCCGGAGCUCCUCCACAACCUCCGACCGGGAAUCCAUCCGUGCCAUCCGUCUUAAAAAGGUUGAGGAAUUAAGAAGCAAGGGCCAUGAACCAUAUGCAUAUAAAUGGAGUAGAAGCCACACAGCAUCUCAACUACAAGAUAUGUAUAGGCACUUGGCGGAAGGUGAAGAACGCAAGGAGGAUUUUGUGUCCAUUGCGGGAAGGAUUAUUGCUCGUAGGGCAUUUGGUAAAUUGGCUUUCCUGACUUUACGAGAUGAUUCUGGGACAAUUCAGCUUUAUUGUGAGAAAGAAUGCCUACAAGAUCAGUUUGAGCAGCUGAAGACAAUUGUUGAUAUUGGUGAUAUUGUUGGAGUGAAAGGAUUCAUAAAGAAGACAGAAAAAGGAGAAUUGUCUAUUUAUGUAAAGGAUUUUUAUAUUCUUACAAAGUCUCUCUUGCCUCUACCUGAUAAAUAUCAUGGUCUAACUGAUGUGGAUAAGCGAUACCGUCAACGGUAUGUGGAUAUGAUUGCCAAUCCCGAGGUUGCUGAAAUUUUUAAACUACGAUCUAAGAUUGUUUCUCAGAUCCGCAAAACAAUGGAAUCUUUAGGCUUCAUUGAAGUUGAGACUCCUGUAUUACAGGGAGAAGUUGGGGGUGCUGAAGCUAGACCAUUUGUUACAUACCAUAAUUCACUUGGUAGAAAUCUUUAUUUGAGAAUUGCAACGGAGCUUCAUUUAAAGAGAAUGCUGGUAGGGGGGCUUGAGAAGGUGUUCGAGAUAGGGAGAAUAUUCAGAAAUGAAGGCAUCUCAACUCGUCACAAUCCUGAAUUCACCACUAUUGAGAUGUAUGAAGCAUAUUCUGACUACCAAAGCAUGAUGAACAUGGCUGAAGAAAUUGUUACUCAGUGUGCUCUUGUGGUUCAUGGGAAGCUUGACAUUGAUUAUCAGGGAAUUCUAAUAUCUCUGCAGCGGCCAUGGAGGAGGGAAACUAUGCAUAAUCUAGUGAAACAAGCCACUGGUAUUGACUUCUAUGAAUAUGAGAACAACCUAGAUGCUGCAAAAAAAAUUGCAAGAGAAAUAUUAGAGAGCAGAACGGAAAGCAAGGAUGGCCAUCUGAUUGAAACAUGUCCAUCUGUUGGACAUGUUCUCAAUGAGAUUUUUGAGACAAUUGUUGAGCCAACUCUUGUACAGCCAACAUUUGUACUUGACUAUCCAAUUGAAAUAUCACCAUUGGCUAAACCACAUAGAAGUCACAAAGGGUUGACUGAGCGGUUUGAACUUUAUGUUUGUGGCCGUGAAAUUGCUAAUGCUUUCUCCGAACUUACAGAUCCUGUGGAUCAGAGGAUUCGCUUUGAAGAGCAGAUAAAGCAGCAUAACAACAAGCGAGCAGCAAUUGGUGCAAAAUCUGUUGAAGGUCAAAUAGAUAAUGAUGAUUACUCUUAUGAAGUUGCACUUGAUGAAGACUUCAUAACUUCUUUAGAAUUUGGCAUGCCCCCAGCUUCAGGAAUGGGGCUUGGAAUCGACAGGCUAGUGAUGCUCCUAACAAACUCUGCCAGUAUAAGAGAUGUCAUUCCCUUUCCUGUCUUGAAGAUACAGAGCUAAGUCAACUCGAGGAGCAAUGGUGAAAUGUAAAUUUGAGACCAGCAAUUCUGUUGGGUGUGGAACUACUGCUCUUACCUGCCAGCAAUUUUCCUGUUUAUUUAAUUUAUGAUGAUCUUUGUUAUAAAGUUAAGAAAUAAGAAGUCAGAUCCCUUUUUUUUUUUCUUAUUUGGGGAAUUUUAAAUUUCUUACUGCAGAAAAAUGUGAAAAAACAAUAAUGCAUUAGCUGAUUCCCUCGGAUUGGGUGGUACUAGUCCAGCCGAGUCAAAUUUUGUGGUGUUUAAACUUGCUUGGUAAGUUAACCGAGCCAAGUUGAAUCUAAAAUAAAUCAAAUUAUUAAAAUUAUUGUUCAAGCUUGA